AUGUCGCAAGUUCCGCGACGAGGCAGCGAUGAGAGUUCAUCGACCCCGAGAAACCUGUCCUCCUCCUACCCAUCGAUGAACAACGGCCUCAUCCCUCGGGAUUAUCUAGCUCGAUCGGAUCGCCCUGGACCUGCUCCUGGCUCACGACAUAUAACACCUUCUCCGUUGCAUACUAGUUCUUUACCUCAGUCGUAUCGCGUCGACGGCGCUUCCUCCCAGAGCCCUUUGUCUCCCGGAUCCUCCAACCCCUCGCCUUCCCAGAAUCGGUCGCCAAUCGCCCGCGUAGCCAAUGCUACAUUUCCUGCCCCUCCGUCCUCUGGCCAGAGCUCGUCGCAAUCGCCUAUAAUGGCAGGCCCUGAAUCAGACCAAAAGAGCGGAUCACUGGAUGAGAAUAAUGUACCGAAACCCCCAAGUGCGCCAGAGCCCGAUCGUUCUGCAUCCUCCUCUGUCAGCUCCAUGCACUCGAUGCCUGGGGAUCGCCCUGCCCACCGUGUCAUGCCCCGUACCUCAUCGAUCGACUCUGCGAUUUCCUCUCUAUCCUCCACCUCCCAGAGAUCUACCUUUGACGUCAACUCUCUGAGCCCAGCCGAUAUUAAUAACCUCAUAAAUGCCGCUGGUUCGGCCGAGGCUGUCAUUGUGCACCUUCUGAAAGAGAAACACCACGCGGCCUCUCAGAAUGCGCAGCUUUGGAAACUGGUUGACAAACAAAGGACUCUGAUUCUCGGUCUCAACAAAGAUUUGGAGCGUGCUUUUCAAGAGAAGGAUAAAUAUAGGAAGAAACUGAAAGAUAUUCAAGAGGCGCCUCCAUUGCCGACCACAAAUACGUUGGCCUCUGCCACCGUGACUGAUGAGCAGUCUGCAAAGAGCGGCAGGAAAGACACCUCGUGGCAAGCUAACCAGCCUUCUAUUGUUCCGCCCUCAGACGCGACACGGAAAGAUUUUGAAAGCACUACUAGUCCGGUAUCUGCCACAGACACCUCAUCGCCGAUUGAUGGAAAAAGCAAAUUCCCGCAUCCCAGUCGUAAGCCACCACCGGCGCCUUUGAACCUUCAACAAGCCGAAACAAGAAGGGCGCCGUCAGCUUCUGACUCUGAUUCCGAUUACGGAGAUGCCCAGCAAACGAAUGGGAGAGUGGAUCGCGGAAGGAGAAAGACGAGAGAGCAAGAUGACCAGGACCGCGAAGCUGCGCUGCAGAAAGACAUAGGCACUUAUGGUAAUAUGGCAACUGAGGCAGGCGCCUCCGGAUCCCGGGAUACAGCAGUAUCUAGCAGCCCGGAGACAAUUCCCAGGGAACUUGCUACAAGAUCACCACCGAAUGUAGGUGAAUCUAGUUCCCUGGGGUCUAUUUUGGGCUCCCGAGCCACCCCCGCUUCAUCCUUUAACGGACGUUCUGCCGGCUCCAUGCCUAUGAGCCCUGGAUUGCCCUUAAGCCCGAGACCAGAAGAUCGACCCAUUGGGUCUCCUUUGCCUCGCAUGCCACGGGAUACGUCGAAUCCCUUGACGGCUGGGUAUCAGACCCCAGGGUUACCGCUCUCUCCCCGAAUGGCCAAUUAUCCGUCCAACUUUGCACCAGUCCCCUCAAAUGGAAGACCCGCGGGGCCUAUGCCUUCGAUUGAUCCUACGGUCAAAAUUGACAGCCCAAGGCCUGCAUACUUCCAGGACAACAGAAUCUAUCAAGGCUUGGUAUCAGAUGAAUACCCCGGCCUACUCUUGCCCCCGAAUGCCCUCCCUCUCAUUCAAGUCAGAGUGUCAUCAUCGCGGCUACGACCUUCCCGGAACAGCUAUAUGAUGUCUCGGCCUUUGGAUGAAGAGCCCGUAUUCACACUUAGUGUGAUUUCUCGGUCAGAGAUCUCAGAACUCUGGCGAGUUGAGAAGGUCAUUGGGGCUCUGCCUCCUCUGGAUCAAAAAAUAAGACAGACCUCUUCCUUCGCCGGAAAAUUGCCCGAUAGAAGCAUAUUCAAUGGUCACUCGCCUGCCAAGGUCGAUUCCAGGCGUGCCGCGCUGAAUGCAUACUUUGACAGUCUCUUGGAUACACCGAUGGACGAAAAGGCUGCACUGGCUGUUUGCCAGUUUUUGACAAACGACGCCAUUGAGCCUCGAGAUGACGAGACAAGUCUAUUGAAAGGUCCUGGGUCUGCAAAGUCGGACAUGCCCCGUGGACCCGACGGAAAUCCCCAGAAAGAAGGCUAUCUGACCAAGCGAGGUAAAAACUUUGGUGGUUGGAAAGCAAGAUAUUUUGUUCUUGAUGGACCCGAAUUGAGAUACUUUGAGUCUCCGGGUGGUCCGCAUAUGGGUACAAUUAAACUCCAUCAUGCGCAGAUCGGCAAGCAAUCACCGAAAUCCAGCGAUCAGCAACUGUCGAACUCAGCAGACGAUGACGACAACCAGUAUCGUCAUGCGUUCCUAGUCUUGGAACCGAAGAAGAAGGAUUCGUCCGCACUCGUCCGACAUGUCCUUUGUGCCGAAAGCGACGAAGAGCGGGAUGCCUGGGUGAAUGCUCUCAUGGAAUAUGUCGAGAGUGCUUCUUCUGAGAGCGAGGGACGUAGUAGCGUGUCCAAGGGUCAAACUCAGCCUCAAGAUAACAACCAGGCCCAGGGGAAACAACCAUCUGGGGCUGACUCUAGGUCUAAGUUAUUCAACAAUGGAGGCAAGAAAUCUGGCAGAGGAGUUGAUAGUCCUGAUUUAGACCUUGGAAGCUCUGUGCAGGGAUUCAGCUUUGAUGACGCUGUGCAAGCGGAGCCUCCCACUAUCGGUUCCACCCUCGAACAAGCACCUCGGUCUCCACGGAUUCCGGCAGCUCUGUCGACAGACUUCAGAGACAUGACCAUGUCCUCUCCUGAUCAACCGCUGCAGUCCCCAAGGCUGAUAUCUGGACCUACAAACGGAUCAGUCAUUCAGGACGUGGAAGCCUGGGGCAACAAGGCAAAGACAUCAACCAAAGAGAAGAAGCGCAGUAUAUGGGGCUUCCGCACCCGGUCUUCCUUUGACCUUGCUGCACAAGCACAGGCCAGCAGCGAAACCUUGGUUGCCAGCAGCAAUGUCCAGGCAGAGAGAAACGGUCCUGUUAGACCUGUGUUUGGUAUACCCCUAGCAGAGGCUGUGCAAGACUGUGCACCGCCGGGCAUUGAUGUGGAACUGCCCGCGGUGGUUUAUCGUUGUAUUGAGUACCUGCAUUCCAAGGAAGCAGCCCUGGAGGAGGGAAUCUUCCGGUUGAGUGGCUCAAAUGUGGUGAUCAAAGCUUUGAAGGAACGUUUCAACACUGAGGGUGAUGUUGAUUUUGUGUCCGGAGACCAGUAUUAUGACGUCCACGCUGUGGCUUCUCUCUUCAAACAAUACCUUCGAGAGCUUCCAACCACGGUGUUGACCCGAGAGCUUCAUUUGGACUUCCUUCGCGUUCUUGAACUUGAUGAUCGUCAAAAGAAGGUAGCAGCCUUCAACUCUCUGGUGCAUCGAUUGCCGAGGCCCAAUCUGGCAUUGUUGCGAGCUCUGUCCCAGUUUUUGCUCGAAAUUGUCAACAACUCCGAUGUCAACAAGAUGACUGUCAGAAACGUGGGCAUUGUUUUUGCCCCAACUCUCAACAUUCCGGCACCGGUUUUCUCCAUGUUCCUGACAGACUAUGACAGCAUCUUUGGCGACGACAGGAGCUGUGCCAAGUCUACCGAGCUGACAGUUGAUCACACACUCUCGCCCGAUGAUAUUCGUUCCCCUCGCCAUCAAAUGUUCUCGGACAUUCCAACACCUUCGUAUCACCAGACCUCCUUCCGAAACACUGAGACUGCAGACUCAGGACCAAGAACACACUAUGACACUGGGUUCAUCCCAAUGCAACCCAGCUACGACCAACCGGUAUCCCGAAAUGAACAGUACAACCAGCCUCCAGGGCCCUCGGCACCCUAUUCUUCUUUGAAUGGCAUGUUGGUGCCAAAUUCAGAUGACACUCGCUCGGCGAAGACGAAGCGACGCGAGAGUUCGAUGCUCUUUAUGGACAGUCUGUGA